UCGCGAUUUAUCUUACAAUUAGAUCGAAGCUGAAAUGGACAACACACGACGAUUGUUGAAUGUCGAAAGAGUAUGCAAAAACUAUAAUUUAGGCUCCUAUCGAAAGCUCGCCGAAGAUUCGUUGUUCAAACAUCCGCCCGCGCCGCAGUACAGCGUCUUCUAUAUGGACAGACUACACAAUAUAUCGUAUUGCCCGGUGUACAAAGCCGGCACUACGACCUGGCUCUACAAUCUCUGCCUAUUGAUGAAUGUGCCCAUGGAGACGCUGAAUAACGGCAGGGAACAAUUGUCGACCAUCGCCAGGAGGGCGAUACCGGAACUCGAGUACCCCGAGGCGGAACGAGUCUUAAACGCGAGUAGAAGGCUUUUGGUCGUUCGACAUCCGUUCGAGAGGCUGUUGAGUGCCUAUCGCGACAAACUCGAGAACUCUGUUGCCGGCCGGGAACACGGGACAUUGCACUUUUAUCGCAAGUACGGAGCCAAGAUCGUGAAGAAAUAUCGCAGAAACAAUUUUACGGAACCACGAUCGGAUCAGGUGAUUCGGCGCGAUGACAUACCGUCACCAGCCGGUGUGGAGCCGACUUUUCGAGAGUUUGUCGAUUACGUGAUCGACACCGAUCUCGGAAGUUACGGCGACGAUCACUGGAUGCCAUAUUAUCUCUAUUGCACGCCGUGCCUCGUCAAGUACAGCAUUAUUGCGAAUGUGGAAUCGUUGUGGCGAGAUCAAGUGUACGCGAUCAAUAAGUUUGGAUUACGGGACAAGAUCAAGCCCAGAUGGAGGCAUAGUAACAGUCACGUCAACGCUUCCAAGAUAUACUUCCGUCAAUUAAACAGAGCGACGGUGCGGAAGCUCCAUGAAAAGCUGAGACUGGAUUUCGAGCUUUUCGAUUAUUCACCCGAUAUUUAUUACGAGUACGCCACGUCCGCGGAUUAAUUGUACGUCGAUCGAAUAUAAUCGAAUGUAAUUUUAUAAUAAUGACCCAAUGCGCCGCGAUGAUGUUCGAUAGAAAAUAUCGAUGGUGCAAGAAAUAAGUACUUCGUGUACAUGAGAUUAAAGAAAAAAAAAAGAGCAGAAAAAGAUAUGUUAAGCGUCUGUGUACGCGCGCACACGUAACCCCGAUAAUUGAUGGAGCUUAAAUCACGUUACGUCACGCGACGAACUUUUGUCGACGAAAAUCGAUCGACCUACUUCUCACCGUGUACUAAUGUAUCGGACCGGCGACCUGUCCUAAAGUCAAGGGUCCUCGAAUGAGCAUGUUAAUCCACGCCGCGAGUGGAAGCGGAGCGUUACCCUGUCUCGACGGAAAUGAUAACAAACAUUUUCUCAUAAAGGAGAUAUCAAUGUCUUUGACAAGAUACAUAAAUAAAUAUACGAGUAUCUUAUUUCGAUUCUUUAUGAUAUAUUAAAUUAUAUUUGCACUUUAAAUUAAUGCGAUCAACUCAUAGCUCAAAGAUUAAUUUACGCUAAUAAAUCGAUAUGAAGUAUUUCGCGUUCUCGCUUUAAGUCGUCAAAUUAACUCGAUGUAUUUAUAUUAUUUGGAAAAUUUUAUAGAGAUUCGAAAAUAUAGUUUUGGCAAUUAAAAAGAUCUCAAGAACUAUGAAAGACUCAUCUCGAUAUAAAAUCGCAAGAGAUUUAACUUUCACAGGCGAUAAAAAAUGCACAUUUACUAAAAAUCUUUUACAAAAAAACUAACAUUAUAUAU